CUUGGAACGGAUGAAUUCAGCUCCACAAUGGAACAAUUUGCAACAACACUAUAUGAAUUAGCACAGCAAUUAGCAAGAUUAUUAGCAGAGGAACUGGGACAUUAUAAUAAGUCAAAUUAUUUCAAAGAAACAUGUUUGCCAAGCACUUGCUACCUAAGAAUGAACAGAUUUCCACCUUGCCCUAUUUCUCCACAACUCUUUGGAUUAAUGCCACACACUGACAGUGAUUUCCUCACAAUAAUGCAUCAAGAUGAAAUUGGAGGGUCGCAAUUAUUCGGAGAUGGGAAAUGGAUCUCUGUUAAGCCUAAUCCUGAAGCUCUUAUCAUCAAUAUAGGAGACCUAUUCCAGGCAUGGAGCAAUGGUGUUUAUAGAAGUGUUGAACAUAGAGUUGUGACAAAUAAAGUAAAAGAGAGGUUCUCAACUGCAUUGUUCUUAUGUCCCUCUUAUGACACAGAAAUACUUAGCUGUGUUGAACCUUCUGUUUAUAGAAAAUUUACAUUUAAAGAAUUUAGACAACAAGUCCAAGAGGAUGUCAAGAAAUUUGGUUAUAAAGUAGGUCUUCCUAGGUUUCUUGUAUCAAGCCACUAAACAAAAAUUUUUGCAAUCAAAUUACUAUAUGACGACUUUAAAUAGUUAAAAGGCAAGAGCCUUAGU